AUGGGAACUAUACAAGAAGCUGGAGAAAAGACGGUGGAUCUCGGCAUCAGGGAGAAUGCAGAAACAGCAAUACUAGGAGCAUCCUUGAGACUUGGGGAACUGGAGCUGAAGGAAGAAUGGCAAGAUGAAGAAUUUCCUAGACUGCUUCCUGAAGAGACUGGCCCUUCUGAAGAUCCUCAUGAUCCUGGAAGAGACACACAGGCAGGCACCCCCAGCACUUUAGCCCUGUGUGGCCGGCGCCCCAUGCGCAAGCGUCUUUCUGCCCCGGAGUUGCGACUGAAUCUGACUAAGGGGCCUGGAGAUGAUGGAGCUUCUCCCACCCACUCUGGACCUUCCUCUUCUGAUGGCAGUUCUGACCUGGAGGUAGACGAGUUGGAGACGCCUUCAGACUCGGAGCUGCUGGACAGUGGACAUGAAUUUGAAUGGGAAGAUGAGCUGCCUCGGGCAGAGGGCCUGGGGGCCAGUGAGGCAGCUGAAAGGCUGGGCCGAGGUUGUAUGUGGGAUGUGGCCGGAGAAGAUGGUCAUCGCUGGAGGGUGUUCCGAACAGCACAGCGGGAGCAGCGAGUGGACAUGACUGUCAUUGAGCCCUAUAAGAAAGUCCUAUCUCAUGGAGGCUACCAUGGUGAUGGCCUCAAUGCUGUUAUCCUCUUUGCUUCCUGUUACCUACCCAGAAGCAGUAUCCCCAACUACACCUAUGUCAUGGAACACUUGUUCAGGUACAUAGUGGGAACUCUGGAGCUGCUGGUAGCUGAAAAUUAUCUGCUGGUUCACCUGAGCGGAGGCACAAGUAGGGCCCAGGUUCCACCUCUGAGCUGGAUACGCCAGUGUUAUCACACUCUGGAUCGGCGGCUCCGGAAAAACCUGCGCGCUCUGGUGGUUGUCCAUGCUACAUGGUACAUGAAGGCAUUCCUGGCAUUGCUUCGGCCCUUCAUCAGUUCCAAGUUCACACGAAAGAUCCGUUUUCUGAACAGCCUUGGAGAGCUGGCCCAACUCAUCUCCAUGGAUCAGGUCCACAUCCCAGAAGUUGUCAGACAGCUGGACCACGAUCUCCAUGGCUCAGGAAGAACCUAG